AAUCUUGCAAGUUUGUCGCAAACACCCACCUCCUCUUUGUUCUUUCACUCUUGAAAACCUUUGAUAAGUGCGCAAAAUUGAAGGCAAUCAGAAACAAAGGCGUCGUAAACAUGAUUAUUCCAGUCAUUGGAAAUAAAUGGGACACUUACCUUGACCUUCUUCAAGCUGAUUACACUGAAGGGGAUGCCCUUGAUGCAUUGGGAUUAGUCCGCUAUUGUUGCAGGAGAAUGCUGAUGACCCACGUCGACUUGAUUGAGAAGCUCUUGAACUACAACACUCUAGACAAGUCUGAUACUAGUUGAUGAAGCUUUUGGGAGCAGUGGUAGAACUGUAUAAGAAUGACCAUCUUUUGCUGAAUAGUAUUAGGGAUUAAUUUUGAUGGAUUCAAGAUUUGAAGAUUGCCAUAGUUUAGGAUGCAAGUAUGAAUCUUCUAUUGUUUACAUGAAGUUAUGAAGUAAUGCUCAUCUACUACAUUAAUACAGCUUUUUAUGUCAUGUAAACUGUGACUGUUCUGUUUUCGGCUAUUAUAUAUGAAGUGCCUAUUUGUUA